CAGAACUCUCAUUUUCUCCUUCCCUUUCCCCUUACUCGCCUCCCUCCACCUUCUUCUUCGUCUUCAUUCUUUGACCGCUGGUCCAACUCACUCUCAAGCACCUACUUCAGAUCUCUCUCUCUCCCUUCAAUGUCAAUAAAUCCACCCCUCACUUUCCCCCCGAACUAAAACACACUCUCCCGACUGCGAAUCUUUCCAAACUCUAUCACCCAUUCCUUGCUUCUUCCUCCUUAUUGUUCCAAUGGCGGAGGGAAGCAGCACAGAGGCCACCAAGCCAUUGCCGGAGGCAGAGAAGAGGAAAGACCAGACCCUCCCGUUCCACAAACUGUUCUGCUUCGCCGACAAGUACGAUUGGAUGCUAAUGGCCUGCGGCAGUAUCGGAGCCAUCAUCCACGGCUCCUCCAUGCCAGUCUUCUUCCUCUUGUUCGGCGAAAUGGUUAACGGCUUCGGCAAGAACCAGUCCGAUUUGCCCACCAUGAUCCACGAAGUCUCCAAGUACGCUCUCUACUUCGUCUAUCUCGGCCUCAUUGUUUGCGUAUCAUCCUACGCAGAGAUUGGUUGCUGGAUGUACAGUGGGGAGAGGCAAGUGAGCAGCCUGAGGAAGAAGUAUUUGGAAGCGGUGCUGAAGCAAGACGUGGGGUUCUUCGACACGGAUGCGAGGACUGGGGAUAUAGUGUUCAGUGUCUCAACAGACACUCUCCUAGUCCAAGACGCCAUUAGUGAGAAGGUGGGCAAUUUUAUACAUUACCUGUCGACGUUCCUAGCGGGGCUGGUGGUUGGUUUCGUGUCAGCAUGGAGGCUAGCGCUGCUCAGUGUGGCGGUGAUCCCCGGAAUAGCAUUCGCCGGCGGGCUCUAUGCCUACACUCUCACCGGACUUACCUCCAAGAGCCGGGAGUCGUAUUCUCAGGCGGGCAUAAUUGCCGAACAGGCCAUUGCACAGGUUCGGACAGUUUACUCGUAUGUUGGGGAGAGCAAAGCCUUGAAUUCCUACUCAGAUGCGAUACAGAACACCUUGAAGCUUGGUUACAAGGCUGGAAUGGCCAAAGGGUUGGGGCUUGGCUGCACAUAUGGCAUAGCUUGCAUGUCAUGGGCCCUUGUGUUCUGGUAUGCCGGUGUUUUCAUCAGGAACGGUCAGACUGACGGAGGAAAGGCCUUCACUGCAAUUUUCUCUGCCAUUGUUGGUGGAAUGAGUUUAGGGCAGUCGUUUUCGAACCUUGGUGCCUUCAGCAAAGGUAAAUCAGCUGGAUACAAGUUGAUGGAGAUAAUCAACCAAAAGCCUUCCAUAGUCCAGGACGCAUUGGAUGGGAAAUGCUUGGAUGAGGUUACCGGGAAUAUCGAGUUCAAGGGUGUGACUUUCAGCUACCCAUCUAGGCCAGAUGUUAUCAUCUUCAGAGAUUUCUCAAUCUUCUUCCCUGCUGGCAAGACUGUUGCUGUUGUUGGUGGCAGUGGGUCAGGGAAAAGCACUGUUAUUUCCCUAAUAGAGAGGUUUUAUGAUCCUAGUCAGGGACAGGUUUUGCUGGAUAAUGUGGACAUAAAGAGUCUGCAACUCAAGUGGUUACGUGAUCAAAUCGG